CAGUGCCCAUGGUCGGCGUGAUGGAUGCUCGUUCGGUGCUCAAAGCGGCACGACUUUUCGGCUUGUGCAACCUACUCGGACAGAGUGGCGGCGUGUUUGCCGGAAGCCAUGAACCUGACCACGACCAUCGUGGCCUUCAAACCAGCUCAAACAUUGUUUUCAUCGAAGCCGUUGUAGGCACGGCAUUCACCACUGAUGAGGAGAGUGGGCUGCAGCUCAAGAACGCUGAGCGCGGUGUAGCCGGAAAUGCGGCGACAACCAUCACCACGUCUGCCACAGCCCAGGGGCCACGGUAAGAGCGUCGCGCGGAUGCAUGAUUGCCACUUGUUCAUAUCACACGCAUCCAUGGGGGAAGUAGCCCCCCCCCGCACGCGUGAUGUGGGCAGGGAUAAUUCCGGCACUUUUUUUCUUUGGCGUGGAACAUUUGUGAUCCGAAGUACUACCUCUGUCCGAGAAUAUAAGCAAGGUUUGGAAAUCCGGGAAUAUAAGCAAGCUUUCUCGAUGAAGGUGUUUCAAGGUGUUUUGGACACCGUUUCCUUCCUAUUUUUUUGCGUCAAGCUCGGAUAUGAUAAGCGGCCAAGAAAAAACCAACAUAAGAGGGGAUGAUAAGGUUUCAUCCCCUCCCCGGAGAAACAUUGAUUUCCCUGCCAUAGCGCUCAGUAGGGAAAAAGGGGUCCCAUUUUUUCUCUCGUUUGCGGCAAUGAAUAGUGCUUUUUUCCUCGUUUUUUUUUCUUUGUAUUUUUGGGUACUUGAACAACCUGUACAAUCACGUUGCGAAGUAUCUUCGAUAGUUCUUUGGUGCUGACCGGGACCAAAGUUCCAGAGUGGCAAAAAUCAGCAACUUCGAGGGGCCAAAAUGAAGGGAAGGCGUAAAAAAAAAAAAAAAAAAAAGCGUUUUUCCGAAAAAAAAAGGUGUUUGAACCCAGGAUCGAACUCACGGCCACUGAACAGCUCGCUUUCGCGGUGUAUUUUGCCUUACGACCAAACCUUGCUUAUAUU